GCAUUCACACGGGCAAGUUUCACGUCGCACAUGAGCAUGGGAUAGACUUGUGUCGUCUCUUUCUGAUUGCUAUCUCAUGGAUCUGUUCGUCUUGUUUGCUUGCGUCAAAACUAGCGUUCGGAGCGAAUUCGCUGAGGAGCUGCUCGCUGGGUCCUUAGCUUUGCUAGAUGGGUAAACAUAUACAGUGAAUUCAACCUCGAGGAUCUCAGUUUCUGCGCGUGUAUUUGUUACAAAUCCGUCCUCACAGACGGCGAUUAUGACGAUGCUUGAGACUUGGUAGAUGGUCAGAAUUGUAGUCGCUGCCUCUCACCUGCGGUAGAUCUGUGGAAGGAGGGGUGUUACUUAGUCAGAAUUUUCAACGAUCGAAAUACAAGGAUAAGAAGUUCUGAACCACCAGGACUGCUACUAUUUUUGACACCCUAUGAAAGGUUUCUGCAAUGAAGAAUCGGUUCUGGAGCUCGCUUGACACAAUUCGAAUGACGCCAUGGCCAUGUUAAGAAGGGACAUCUACAAUGUCGAGGUCGACGAAAGACAGCCGAGAACCUAAGGGCAGACCACGAGGUAUGCGAAAAGGGAGGAUACCACCACCAAAUCGACAAGGAAUUGGAAUGACACCUGCUAACAUACGAGGUGGAGUAAUGCGACCACCGAAUGUUCACAUGGUGGGAAGGCCAGCACCGAACCUGCAAGCCGGGGUUAUGCUUCCACCGGUUGCUCAAGUAGCAGGAAUACCACCGCCGAAUGUGCAAGGUUGGAGAAUACCGCCACCCAAUGCGCCCGUCGUAGGAGUUCAACCAAAUGUGCAAGGUGGGGGAAUGAUGCUACCAAAUAUGCUAGUCAUAAGAAUGCCGCAACCGAAUUUGCAAGUCAGGGGAAUGCCGCCAAUUCCCGAAGUCAUGGGAGUACCGCCAGGUAUUGAUCCUGACAGUCCACCGCGUGAGGAUCUUACACCAAUACCGGUUCCGAAUUGGUUACUGUACCGACCUCGACGAGUGGGUGAACACGGAUGGGCUAAAGACAACAUCAAGAGCUUUUUGGCCUCGGAAGAAAGGGCCGCUCACAUGUGGGCCCGCCAGGUAUCACUUCAAGAACAAAUGAAGCGGUUCUUUUCCAACCAUGAUGGGGCCUUUGAGGAGUUUUCAGAUUUGUUGGACUCUAUUAUAAUAGAUGUCGCAUCUGAAGAGCACAGAGCAGCGAAACUUGGUUUCGACAGGCGCUAUGAGCGUGGUGACCAUCCAGUAGCUUUUUCAGAACUAACAAUCGACUCAUUUGGAGUCGAUACGGUUGGAUCAUCAGACCCGUUUGCCAAUACUACAAAAAAAACUGACGUAUUUGGUUCGUCAGAUCCAGGUGCCGGUGCUACGGUUGAAUGUCCAGUUUGUGAAAAGCAAAUGGAGGCUGGGAUCUUUGCUGCUCAUUUGGAGGAAUGUAUGGCCGAUGUGAAGACCACAAAAGCAACAACAGCAUGCGGGACGCAAUGUCAGAAGCAAAAGCAGCAACAAUCUCAGGAGCGAGGCAAGAUGAUAGCUGACGAAAGCGCCCCAUCACCUGACUCUAGCGAGAUGAGUUCAAGUUCUGACGAACUACCUAAGGAAGCUCAGUUUGAGGAAGCUCAGUUAGAGAAAUCUCAGUUUGAGGAAGGUCGGUGUAAGGAAUCACUGCCUGAUGAGACAGCAUCUCAAGAACACGAUUCGCAGCGGGAGGAUGAUUUAGCACAAGUGUUGGCACUAUCAUACAGCAGCGACGAUUCAUCAAACGAGGAUCCGCCUGAGGAUGAUUCACCACCUGAGGAUGAUUCACCGCCUGAGGAUGGUUCACCCCCUGAGGACGAUCCACCGCCUGAAGAUGAUUCACCACCCCCUGAGGACGAUCCACCGCCUAAAGAUGAUCCACCAUCCCCUGAGGAUGACUCACCACCAGAUGAUGAUUUAGAGAUAAUUUCCGAAAAAAACCCGGCUAAGGACGUGUUGAUAAAUUUUCUGGGCUCGGCUAUAAUGGACGUUGCAAGAGAAGAAUACAGAGAAGCGAAACUUGGUUUCCACAUUAGCUAUGAAAGUGAUAAGCACUCAUCAGCAUCUGCACAAUCGGAAGGAGACUUACCGAGUAACGUGAACGAAUUUGGUUCACCUAAUCGGGUGGCCAAUGAUACAGUUCGGUGUCCGAUUUGUGGGAUCAAGAACAUUGGGGCUGAUGAUUUCAGUUACCAUUUGAAGAAAUGUAUGGAUAAGGUUCAGAGUCAAGCUGAGGCAAGUAAUUUACGGAGAAUUUCAAGUUCUUUGGAAUCAUCUGGUUCAAGCGGGGCGAGGUCAAGCACUAGCAAACCAAGAAGAACCGCACGCAACGCAACAGAGAGACUGCUGUCACUAACACCUCGAUACAAAGCAAAAUCUCAUAGAAAUACAAGGGUUUCAGAAACAGGAAGCUCCAGGGUGGGAUCACCCGCAGAACGUCAAGCCUCGCAGCCAGACUGGGUUCCGCAAGAACAUUGGACAGAUCCCACUCAGCGCAACACAGAGAGAAUCGAUGUGGGAAAUAUUGUGGUGGAAUCGCCCCCGAGUCCCCCACUAGCCUGGAUUCUGCAAGAACUGUCAACAGACUCUUCUCAGCCCAACAUAAACCGUAAUGACGCAAGAAAUCCCAUAGAGCAAACACCAGCAGUAAAUAAGGCUUUUCCACCAGAGUUGGUUCUGAAAGGACAGUCAACAGACCCUAUUCAGCCCAACAUUGAGCCAACACAUGCAGUUAAUCCUACGGUAGAAACACCCGCAGUCUGUCAGGCUUUUGCAUCAGACCGCAUUCGGGAAGACGCUGCUUAGUCUGAAAUAGAGCUCAUUGAAAACCCAUAUAUGUUGCACCGAACCCUUUCUAAGGUCUAUAGAAGAUUAUUUCCGGGCGUCAGCAGUAUGGUAACAGCACAACAAGGCCUAUCCUUAAAUCAUUUUCGUUGUCUCUCGGGUGUUUAUACGUCAAUGCUUUAAUACUAAACCUUCAGCAUGCCUUUUAGGGCCGCUGAAGAGCAGGCAAUUGAAUCACUGGCCGAUGACACAGCGACUCCAGAACACCUCAAACGGAGUGACAAUGAGUUAGCGCAUGCAUUGGAAGUGGAAAUUGGUAGCAGUGGUGAACCUGUGGAUAAUGAAUCAAAGGAUGCUCCACAUGAGGAUGGCUCGCCACCAGUUAUCGAUUCGUGGAUAAUUACGAAAGGUGACCUGGUUCAGUGGAUCUAUUUGGAUUUGCUGGACGCAAUUACAAUGGACUUCGUGAACGAACAACACAGAGAUGAACACUUUGCAAACGUUGAACAUUCGGUAGCCAAUCCGAGGUUCACGGUCAAACCGAAAUCCAAAGUUUAUGUGUUGUUAUCACCAAAGAGCAAUACCAAGGCUAGAGUACCAUGCUCGGAUUGUGGAAGGAGCAUGACACCUGGUCGUAUUGAACGUCACUUGCAGAGAUGUAGCUUAAAGGUGAGCGCCUCUUCACGAACCGUGAGACAAACAAUUGUUUAUAUAAUAGGCCUUCUGUAACCGAACAUCCGAUCCAACACAUGGGCGAGAUUGAGCAAAGCUCACUUGGGGUGUGACAUCACUCUACAGGGGAUGCCAGCCAGUUGAGAACACCGCAAAGAUUACACUUCUCAGCUCGAGUCUCUUUCGGUGCAACCCUUCAAACCGAGAAACUACGGUACAAUUCCCACAGAAACUCUCGACCCAACUCGGCAAAGGCGUGCGACUCCCAUCAUGCUCCCUCUGCAAUCACCAUCUGUGAGUCCAAAGACUUGGAUCUUGUGAAGGAGCCAUAGCCCACACCACCGGUGCCAGCUCUGGACGAUGUUGCUGGCUCAAACAGAAUCGUUCAUGAAGUUUAGUUUUACCUAGCCAUGGGAGCAGAGACCUGGCCAGAAGCUGGUUCUGAAGCAAGAGCAGGCUCCAGUUCAGCAACAAGCUCAGGCACCCAGUUGUGUCCGCUCCAUCGACACUCAGGAAGUAGUUGUGUUGAUGUAUCUGUGUGUAAUCGUCUCUCCAUGUACAGACUCCAUCCAGUAAUCGUUCAGCGACGAAAGAGGAAACGGGAGCUUCAGCAGCAGUAGCACCUGCAACAACAACAAAAAAGAAGCUCAAGAUGAAACGCUUGGAUGAGUUACAGAGCAUUUGGUAAACCUUCAACCCCCCAUGACCCUCCCUCCACAAGUUGAAGUAACGCAGUUUUGAAGAAAAAACAGGAUAAAAAACGGAGGAAACUACUACACAACACCAAUGAUUCUGGGCUUGGCAUUUCCGGGUCUCGUUUCCGUAUUGGAAGUAUGUAGCAAAGUGUGGUCAUUUCUCCCAAGUCAUUGUUAUUGUUGUUUUGAGUGUUGGUUAGAAUGCCACUAUGGCAAGUCAGUCGUUGUUGAAGAUGUUUGGUUCAUUUUUGGUGUAGAAAUUGUGCAAAACUUUGUGUUUGUUUUUUAUGCAUAUAAA